ACUUGAUUUAUCACAAAUGGCUGAAAUGAGAGAGUAUCUGUACAAAAUUCUCGUUGUCGGCGAUCUUGGUACGGGUAAAACGUCGAUUAUCCGACGCUAUGUCCACAACAUUUUCUCCAGCAAUUACAAGUCAACUAUUGGCGUGGACUUUGCUCUCAAAGUCAUUCAGUGGUCACCUGAAAUUAUAGUGCGUUUACAACUGUGGGACAUUGCAGGCCAGGAACGGUUUGGUAAUAUGACGCGCGUGUACUAUAAGGAAGCGUUGGGCGCUUUUGUCGUCUAUGAUGUCACCAGACCAAAUACCUUUGAUGGCGUGACUCGUUGGAAAAAUGAUAUCGAUACCAAAGUGACGUUGCCAGAAGCGUGGGGCGGCGGGAAAAUUCCCGUGGUCUUAUUAGCCAACAAGAGCGAUUUGGUUCAAGAAGGUCACGGGCAGCAUGUCAACGCAGCAGAGAUGGAUUCGUUUUGCAAAGAUUUGGGUUUCAUCAAAUGGUUUGAAACGUCGGCCAAAGAUAAUAUCAAUAUCGAGGAAGCUGCUCGACAUCUUAUUACUGCGAUCCUAAACAUUGAGGAAGAAAGCGGAGUGGACGCGUUGGCGUUGGGGGAAGAGUCCGACAGAGUGCACUUGGACCAGAAUAAGCAACAACAUAACAACAGCGGAUCCAAUUGCUGCUAGACUUAUUGUACAUUUUACUUGAUACCAAUUCCUCCUCUUUCAAGAAUAAACUUGAAAAAACUUUGCUAUCAAAGCUGAUAUAUGAUUUCAUAAAAGAUGUAUUGAUAAUCAAAGAGUCCAAUCUAUAGCAUAAAUUAUUGUUUCUUCUU